AUGGACCAUCAGCGAAUGAGCGAUUGGCAAAUGCAGCCCUGGAGUGAGGACACUAUUGACCCUUCGUGGUUCUCCAACUUCCUAGCCACCGAUCCUGGACAGGAUGCGCCUAAUGCUGCAUCUGGUGCGCCUGCCGCAUUCAGCGUUGACGACUUGGCAAUCGACCCGAACUUCCACGACUUUACGUUCGAAAACACAUCACAACCAAUGAGCACUGUGACUUCUCCAAGUCAUCCGUUUGAUGCAUUCCAAUUGAAUGAGACUCACGGACGCCCACUGGUGCAACGGCAACAUACACUUCCACGUCGUCGAAGCAAGUACUUUAAGCGCAGAUCGACUGGAACCGCAAGUCCGAUAGCCAUACCUGGUGGAAGUCCCCGACACGAAGAAGGACAGUCGCUGGCUAUCCAGCGGUGGCGGAAUUCGCCGCCUGAAGACGAGGCUGCAUCUCUAUCGGCCAUCUACCAUGCUUUGGAAGACAGACCGGUAGGUGCUUCACCACGCAUUAGCCGACCCUCUAGUAGUGACGCCUUUCGCAAAUAUCGGGGCCCCUCGUCAACGACCAGUCUCGACAGCGCUGCCAGCGAAUCUUCAUUGCGAUCCGUGAACUCGAGCCAUUCCGCCACGUCACAGUCGAAGCGUCGCAGUCAGGCCACCAAAACCCGGAAGGGCAGAGUAAGAGGCACCAAAAUGAACGACCCAGAGCGUAUUUUCAAAUGUACAUUCUGCUGCGACCCUUUCAAGCACAAGUACGACUGGACACGCCAUGAGAAGUCUCUGCAUUUAAACCUCGAAAGUUGGAUGUGUACGCCGCACGGGGCUUCAGUGGUACUACCUCUGACCGGCAGAGUACAUUGUGCAUACUGUAGUGCACUAGACCCGACGCCCCAGCAUCUGCAGCAACACAACCAUGCGGCAUGUACCGAUGGUAACAAUACUCCGCGUGUCUUUCAUCGAAAAGAUCACCUUACCCAACACCUUCGCCUAGUACAUGGAAUCGAAACGCUACCUCUGAUUGACGACUGGAAGCUUGAGACUUUGCCAGUAAAAUCUCGAUGCGGCAUUUGCGAUGCGAAUCUGAAUAGCUGGGACGAGCGAUCAGACCAUCUGGCAGCUCAUUUUCGUGAAGGCAAGACUAUGGCCGAUUGGAAAGGCGAGCACUGCUUUGAGCCCGAUGUGGCGGCUCGUGUUAUCAAUGCGUUUCCACCCUAUCUUCUUGCCGAACAAGCCAAUACCGUCGUGCCUUUCUCAGCAACUAACCCUGGAUCUAUCGACCACACAAAGCAAUUAAUCUCACGCAUCCAACUUGAAGAGCCAGCACAAGAGCCUCCGGCAGCAGAAACCACACAUACGCCUGAUCAACAAGCCUUUGAAGACUCCUUGACGGCUCUUCGAGAAUUGUCAACACAACAUGAUCACGACUUUGCUACUGUUCUUACACGCCAUCUUAGUCGCUUCGCAAGACAGCAGAUGCUAUCAGGAAUUAUUCCAACGGAUGAGAUGUUUCAACGCGAAUCGCGAAGAUUGUUGUAUCAGGAUCCGGACGAUGGGUGGAACCAAACAGUAGCAGACAAUGCCAAUUGGCUACAGGACUUUCGUCGUCGUAGUGGCCUUGAGGGGAGUCCUAACACAUGA